AAUCAAACCGAUAUUGAUAACGAAUAGUUCAAAGUCGAGGAAGGUGGUAUAUAAAGAAAAACAGCGGUGUACCAGCCAGUUUCUUUACUUUUACAUUGUUUUGAUUAGUUAAGUUCUUCGUCAACAUGGUGUCAGGAAUCGUUGCUGGCAGAUUAGCUAUAGUGACAGGUGCCGGAUCAGGUAUCGGACGCGCCACAUGCCAGGUUCUGUCCCGAGAGGGAGCUACAGUCAUAGCAGCUGAUAGGAACUAUGCGGCGGCCGAGCAGACCAUCAAAAGCCAUGCUGCCCUCGCUAGUGGGUUUAAUGAUGCAGGCGACCACUCGGCGAUCGAGCUCGAUGUAUCAGACUCCAAGUCGGUAAAACACGCCGUCCAGAAAACAUUGGAGCAAUACAAAGCCCCAGCCAGUAUAAUAGUCAACUGUGCCGGUAUCACGCGAGAUAAUUGGUUGCUGAAACUGUCUGAGGAGGACUAUAGCCAGGUGCUGGAUGUCAACCUUAAGGGUACAUUUCUGGUGAUGCAAGCGUUCGCGCAGGCGAUGGCUGAAAAGGGCAAGCCGGGGUCCAUCGUAAAUAUAUCCAGCAUAGUCGCAAAGUAUGGCAACAUUGGUCAAACUAACUACGCGAGUAGUAAGGCGGGUGUGAUAGCUAUGACUCAGUCGGCAGCUAAAGAAUUGGGAAAAUUCAAUAUUAGAGUGAACGCAGUCCUUCCCGGUUUCACAGAGACCCCGAUCGUGGAAACUAUCCCCGAGAAAGUAAUGCAUCAAAUGAUAAAGAUGAUACCCUUGGGCAGAAUGGGCCAGCCUUCCGAAAUAGCGGAGGUGAUAACAUUCCUGAGUUCUGACAAAAGCUCCUUCGUUACCGGGGCAGCCGUCGACGUCACGGGCGGGUUCUAGAAACUUCCAGCAGUUAAGGUGUGUCCAGAUCUGGACGCCGCUGCACUUAGUACAGGGUGGCCAAAUAAGAAGUAUACAUUUUGUUUUUAAAUUUUAACUGUAUUAAGUUCAAAAAUUAUUAAGUAUUGUUUUAAAAAUAUAUUCUUCAGGGUUGGCAAAUUCAUGCGAAACAUAAUGUCUGACAUAUGUCCACCUCUAACAGCAGGCAAAUGUAAGCCCUUAUCAUCCCAAUGUUCAGCAUCUAUUCGUAUAUUUUUGGCAUUAUCUUAGUACAUUUGUGUCGAAUAGUCGGUUUUAACCGUUUAAAUUUCAUCAGCUCGUUAGCAUAGACACGUAAUUUUAGAUAGCCCCACAGAAAUAAGUCAAGAGCUGCAAAAUUUGGGGAAUUUGGAUAGACACGUAAUUUUAGAUAGCCCCACAGAAAUAAGUCAAGAGCUGCAAAAUUUGAGGAAUUUGGGUGCCAAACACUGUCACUUUUUUUCAAAAUUAAUCAAGCAAACAACGUGUUUUAAACAACAGAAACAUUUGAGAUAAAAUUGCUUGCUGCUAGUGGUAGACAUUUGGCAGAAAUUGUCUUCCGUAUACAAUUGCCAACCCUGAAUAAUAUAUUUAUGAAAAAAAUAUUUAAUAAAAUUUCCACUUAAUAUAAUUAAAAUUUAAAAACAAAGUGUAUCAUUCUUAUUUGUCCACCCUGUACGUGGGUUAUACUGAAAGUUUCUGGAAUGAGCCAUUUAGAGGUCACGCAAUGAAAAUGUUUAUUUGUAUAAAUAACUUAUUGUCUGUUUUUGGAUACAGUUUGUUCGGUGAUGAUUUGCAUUUUAGGAAUGCUGUUUGAAAAUUAUACGUCAGGGAUUUUUUAAAGAUUUUUUUAAACAUUUUUAAGACUCCAGGAACUUUCAGUAUAAUCUAAGUACACACGGAACGGCAAACCACGGCUCUUCCAGUCUCGAAAAAAACGUUACAGAAACACGACUUAAGUCGCGCUUUAAAGUUAAAAUGGAAAUGCCUUUAUAAGUUAUAACUGGUGCUGUUAUCUGUAAAUAUAUAUUUAUAAUUUACUUUAUCUCAAACUUGCAAUGAGAUGUUGACAUAAGUUAAUUCAAACUAGGUCCGUAAAUACUACGUAUCCGGUGCGAUGAAUGAAGAUGAUAUGUAAAGGAAUUUCAUACAGCCUUACACACCUAGGCGUGAUAAGCAACCUUCUUUUGUUUUAAAACGUCAAAUUGUGACGCAGUGGCAUUAAACUAUCAAAUAGUACUAGAUUCGUAAUUUGUUUUUAGCUGUGUAAACCUACGAAUAAAACAAAUUCAUUACAAUUUAUUACAUUGCAAGUUGGAGAAAAGCACUAUACAAAUCUCGGCGAGAAACUGGAUUGCUGGCCACGUAUCCCUAGACGACCUCGCUACGCUCGGCCGUCUAUAUCUACUUGGCCUGCAACCUUUGUAUAAGUAUUUAUGGACUAAAAACAUGAGUUAUAAACACCCUAAAAAAAAGAAUAUAUUUUAUACAUUUUGUAAUUUUGCUUAUUCUACAUUUAUUACACUUAUUGGUGGAAUAAUAGUGCCUUUGUCGAUAGUUAAUAGUAAAACAAGAAACUACACGGAAUUAUAUUUUUAACAUUUUUACUACUCCGCGUUCUAAGUCAAUCUAGUCCAAGAUCAUUGUAACAUUCGAAUAUCUAGUAAUAAAUAUUGCUAAGUGAA